AUGGCAAUUUCAAACUUCCUGAAUCCAGAAGAGGAGGUCAAAGUAGAAAAAGAUGACGAAGCAGGUCAAGAACAAGUCUUACAAGACUUGAUAGCAGAACAUUUAGGUGUCUGCCAAACACAAGACGAUGAUGAAGAAGAGCAGCCUGAAGAGCCUGUCUACUCUAUACAAGAAGCUCGAAAGGCUAUGCAGGUUCUUAUUAAGUUUACUGAAGAUCUCGUUGCAGCUUGUUUGGCUGAACCGGCGGCAGCACGCACUAGACGGACAGCCCAUCCCCUACACCAGAAGCAUACCGCUGUUUGCUCGUACUAUGGCGCCUUGGACGAACAGUUCAAAGCCGAGCUCGGUAGUCAGAAACCGCCGACGUCCCCGCUCGGUGAAGCCUCGUCUACCAUUGCCCCACACGCACCGGCCACCGGGAGGCGCGGCAGGAUCAGGGGUGAAGAUAAACUAUUCGAGUACCGUCGAUACGUACAAGAAGAUUCUGUCCGCCUGACUGAGCCAAAAAAAAAAAAUGCAGACCCUGCGGACUCCUUACACUCUGCAGACCUCGCAUCGCAGCAGAACGCGAUCGAACAGGACCCAGACAAACGAUGGAAGCAGAUGUGCCAGCUCGUCCAAGAUGGCCUGCAUAGGACAUAG